AGGUGCCUUGCUCUGCACAGUUUCUCCGGAGAUCCUCCUCAGUGCUGCUGUAGUAGAGCUGCGAGAGAGCCGAGCGACGGGGCGAACAUUAUUUGCUGGCAGCUAUGGCUGUGUUUAUUGCUUGUGGAUGAUGAUCCCGACUUAAAAGGUCUCCAGCACCAUCUGAUCCCGGCUGCCUCCGAGGACAAAUGCCAAUCCACUGAGAAAGGAUUACAUCAGGAAUCUGUCACCUCGCUUAAGUGGGUGUGAACUGCUGGAAUCAUGGGGAACCAGCUGACUGAUAUCGCUCCCAGCACGCCGUUCCUGCCAAGCUUUCAGUCUGUGCAUGUGGUGGUUAUCGGCCUCGACUCAGCCGGCAAGACCUCCCUGCUGUACAGGCUCAAGCUGAAGGAGUUUGUGAAGACGAUCCCCACCAAGGGCUUCAACACAGAGAAGAUCAAGGUGGCGGUGGGGACGAACCGAGCCAUAAACUUCCAGGUGUGGGACGUAGGCGGGCAGGAGAAGCUGCGCCCGCUUUGGAAGUCCUACACCCGGCGGACGGACGGGCUGGUGUUCGUGGUGGACUCCACCGAGCUCGAGAGGAUGGAGGAGGCCAAAGUGGAGCUCCACAAGAUCACCCGCACCUCAGAGAACCAGGGAGUCCCCGUGCUGAUCCUGGCCAACAAACAGGACCUGGACUCGGCCUUGUCCGUCACCGAGGUGGAGAAGCUGCUCGCCGUUCACGAACUGAGCAUGUACACGCUGCACCACGUGCAGAGCUGCAGCGCUGUGGACGGCCAGGGGCUCCAGCUGGGCCUGGAGAAACUGUACGAGAUGAUCCUGAAGAGGAGGAAGAUGGUGAAGAACAACAGGAACAGGAAGAGAUGAACUCUUGGCUCACGCAGUGGACGUUACCUGAGGAGAUUUAUCCACUGCUGAGACACUUCCAAGCUUAAUAGUCCUUUUUAAUGGGAGAGCGAUUUGUGCCAACGAAACAACAAUUACACAUGGCCUCUGGGUCAGGAGGAAUGGAUUUGCUCAUAAUAACUGAAGCAGUAUUGACAUUCUUUGUUCUGCAGCUGUGCAGCUGCCCUCUGAAAGCUAUAGAUUUAAAGGAAAUCUUGAUAGCAGUUAGUCUUCACUAAGUGCUUUAAAGAAGAUUCCUAACAAAGACAUUUGCAUGUGAGUUUUAGGUCUAAUAUAUGAACACAUUUACUUCCACGCGGCAGGUGUGCGUGGUGAAGAAAGUAUGAAAUAAAUUCCUUUAUGUCCUUUCACCGGUUUGCACAGAAUCUGGCCACACUAAAUAUCUGCUUUUGUUCCAGAGUGGAGUGUAUGGAUGAUUCCCCAGAAUAUUUAUUCAGAUUCAGAUUCAUAUUUACACUUUUUUGUUUUGUAAAUGAUAUGAAAUGAAGCGGUGGUGACGGAUUUAGUUUGAUUGCCAUGGAAAAGUGAUCCUAAGUGCAUUCCCUUCAUAGACACAGAUGUUUCAAUACGUAUAAUAAUAGUGUUUAUACAAAUUGUACAUUUUCUUUUGUAAACCUGAAGACUUAAUAAAUAUAAGACAUGUACAGAA